AGGAGAGGAGAGAGAGAGAGAGAGAGAGGAGAGAGAGGAGAGAGAGAGAGAGAGAGAGAGAGAGGAGAGAGAGACAGACAGUUGUUGUCGCGUUUGUUGAGGCGAUGCCACGGCGGCGGCGCGCGGGACCCGAUCUGCACGGAGACAGGUGCGCGAGCGCAGGAGAGGAACGUUAGAGAGAGCCAGCACGCUCGCGCCUGGAGGGAGGGCGGGAGGGAGUGAGAGGGGGGGUUGGACCACGCGCCAUUGGACCCCGUUUUUUGACCCCCCUCCUUUUUUUUCUACCCUUAUACCCCCUCGUGCCCCGUCUUCUGCUUUUUCUUCUCCUCCUUUUCACUCGUUCAUUCUGGAUUUUAGCCCUCGCGACGCGAAGGAAAAGGCAAAGCGGGGCUCGAGACGCGGAUUGGCACGCGGCGCGCAUUUCAUCCCCGUCAGCCGCAUUUGGGUUCUGCUGCCAUGACGACCCUGGUUGGACCGUUCCUCGUGCUCCUCUGGCUGGUCCAGGUGGUGUGUUCUGUGUUUCCGGAGGAGCCCGGACCCCUGAGCUCCAUCCCCACUGAAGUGGUCAGGAGGUAUCCGGUGUUUCUGGGUCGACCACACCGCUCGUCCCUGAGGCAGGAGCCGCUGCACAUCCAGAGAAUCCUGCAGGUCAACCGCACGCUGUACAUCGGCGCCAGGGAUGAUCUUUUCCGUGUGGAGCUGGACAAUGUGGUGGGAGACGAGAUGUUCUACAGUAAGAAGAGGACGUGGGAGUCCAACAGGAAUGAUAUCAGGAUCUGUAGGAUGAAGGGCAAACAUGAGGACGAGUGUCGAAACUACAUGAAGGUUUUGCUGAGUCGGCAGGGCGGACUCUUCGUCUGCGGGACAAACGCCUUCAACCCACUUUGCGCAAACUACACCGGAGACACUCUGGAAAUGGUGGGUGAGACGGUCAGUGGGAUGGCUCGCUGCCCUUAUGACCCAAAACAUGCCAACGUGGCUCUGUUUGCAGAUGGAAACCUCUUCACUGCCACAGUGACCGAUUUCCUGGCCAUAGAUGCGGUGAUCUACAGGAGUUUGGGGGACAGUCCUGCUCUCCGCACCGUCAAACACGACUCCAAGUGGUUCAGAGAGCCUUACUUCGUCAGCGCUGUGGAGUGGGGACCUCACAUUUACUUCUUCUUCAGAGAGAUGGCCAUGGAGUUCAACUACCUGGAGAAGGUGGUGGUCUCCCGUGUGGCUCGCGUGUGUAAGAGUGACAUGGGUGGUUCUCAGCGGGUGUUGGAGAAGCAGUGGACAUCGUUUCUGAAGGCCAGAUUGAACUGCUCCAUCCCUGGAGAUUCGCACUUCUACUUUAAUCUGCUGCACUCCACCAGCCCCAUCCUCCGCCUGCACGGCCGAGACAUCAUACUGGCUGUGUUCUCCACACCAUCCAACAGUAUCCCAGGUUCAGCGGUGUGUGCCUUUGAUAUGGAACAGCUAGCAGCCGUGUUUGACGGCAGAUUUAAGGAGCAGAAGUCUCCAGAGUCGAUCUGGACGCCUGUGGCAGACGAACUCAUCCCCAAACCGAGGCCAGGAGGGUGCGCCAUCCAAGGCUCAAGGUUCAACUCCUCCAACUCUUUCCCUGACGAAAUGCUGAACUUCGUGAAGACCCACCCGCUGAUGGACGAGGCCGUGCCUUCUUUGGGCCAGAGGCCAUGGAUAGUUAGGACGAUGGUCAGAUAUCAGCUCAACAAGAUGGUGGUAGACACAAACGCUGGUCCCCAUGGCAACCGCACCGUCCUGUUCCUGGGCUCCAGCCGCGGGACCAUCCUCAAAUUCCUGAUCGUCCCCAACCGGGACAACACGGCGUCCAACAUCAACGUCUUUCUGGAGGAGCUGGAGGGCUACAACCCAGAGAAGUGCGGUCAGGACACUCCUCAGGCCCGGCAGCUGCUGUCUCUCUCUCUGGACUCCAUCAGCCACACCCUCCUGCUGUCCUUUCCGUCCUGUGUGGUCAGAGUGCCUGUAGCCCGCUGCCAACUUUACUCCCGCUGCAUGAAAAACUGCAUCGCCUCUCGGGACCCUUACUGCGGCUGGACCAGGGGGAGCACCUGCUCCUUCCUCCGCGCCGGCACCAGACUUCCCUUCGAACAGGACGUAGAUCACGGAAACACCUCUUACUUGGGCGACUGUGACGGUCUCCUGCAGGAGAGUUAUGUCGAGGAGCCUGAUGGCCUGGUGUCUGUCAACCUAUUGGUUUUGUCUGCAGCUUCAGCGUUUGCCACUGGGGCGGCGCUCUCUGGCCUUAUGGUUUGCUGGAUCAUGACAGUCAAGCACCGCCAAUGCUCCAGAGGAGGAGGGUCAGGCCCUGCUGGGCGGCGCAAGGGUGAAAAGGAGCAGAACAUGCUGGGACACAGACGCAGCGGUUCUGUGAUCAGCGUGACGAGGAUUAGCGAAAGACCUCACUCUCAGGUCGAAAACCUCUUCACCAACGGAUGGCCCAAGUCUGGAGAGAUGGACCCAGGGCUACCAACCCCAGAGCAGACCCCUCUGCAGCAGAAGCGUCCCACACCCAACAUCCACCUCCCAGACUCUGACUGGGACCAGAGCCAGACCUUUAUCACCCAGACUGGGCCAGCUAACACCGCCGUUUUGUACCUGAGCUCUGAUUACCUCCAGGGCAGCAACGGAGGGCGACAAGAUGAUCCGGGAGAUGUCGCCCCACACACUGAGAGGCAGCGCUAUCUGAUACUGUCUCACCCUCCCAUCCAGAGAGAGCAAAGUGGGCGUACUUCAGCCCCUGCAACCCGUAAUUCAGCUGGCGAUUAUCGUCCUGCUACUCCUCAAGAUUCGCCUGACCGCAGGAGGGUGGUUUCGGCACCCACAACACAAUCAGAUUAUGGCGAUCCCCCGCGCUGGACCCACAAUGGCUACAACUUCAACAGCAACAACGGCACACCCACUGGACACCACCACCAUCACCACUACCCUGUACAACCACGUACCAAUGCAUCCUUGGUUCGGCCCUCUCUCCACUCCACUAGGGGGCACAGCGAGCUGCAGGACUACAGCCACUUCAGCUUGGUUAAGAAUGCAAGCGAGCGCACUGCCAAUGGACAGUGAGGCCUUGACUUUGUCCUUCAGACUGCCAUCGUCCCAGAGACUCAGACUCAAAUUUGGACUUCUCUCUCCUGCCGUGACUUCCUACUUGCCCAAACUCUCUCACUGCCAUCCAGUGUCUCCAAAAGACUCCAAAACAUCCUUACACCACCACUGGGAUUACUGCAAAGAAGGUUCAGCACUGAGAGAGAAAGAAACAGAGAGUUUGAAGAUAGAGUGGAACUUUCCCUAAGCUUCCCCACAACCUUUAGCACUUAGUACAUUGGCAGCCUCUGUUGCCUGUUGGCUGAUAAGCGACUGAAGGCAACUCUUUAGGAACCAGGGAAUAAAUGAAUUAAUAAAUAUCGGUAUACUGUGAACUGCUAGGUUGACUGUCCAGCAAACAGUAGCAUUUGAGCAUUUGUAGAAAGUCUCUCUCAGCUGACCCGGUGGAUGUGACGGCUUUCCCUGCUUUUCCCAGCCCUUCAUUCUGUUUUGUCCAUUUUACUGUGGUCAGCAGACAUGUAUCCGAGUGUAUGUGAUGCGAAGAGUGCUGGAGGGCUCCGAGCCAUCACAAAAUCUGAGAUGAGUCUGGAUAAAAUUCAAGGACUUAAAGAGCAAGGAGUCUACCCACACUGGAGAUACUCAGAGAGCCUGAUCUGAUGUCAACUCACCCCCCAACCCCCCCCCCCCCC